AUGCAGAACGAUGCCAGCGAGUUGGUAGACCUGUACGUGCAGCGGAAAUGCUCCGCGAGCAACCCUAUCAUUGGUGCCAAGGACCAUGCAUCCAUCCAGAUGAAUGUGGCCGAGGUUGACAGGGUCACAGGUCGGUUUAAUGGCCAGUUUAAAACCUACGCUAUCUGCGGCGCCAUUUGCAGGAUGGGCGAGUCAGAUGAUUCUAUGCUCCGACUGGCUAAAGCUGAUGGAAUUGUCUCCAAGAAUUUUUGA